AUGCAGCAAACAAGUUUGGGUGAUUCUACAACAAACCCACGGGAUAUAAAUUUGAAUUUGCAAAUUUCAAAGAAUUUCGUGACAGUGAAGAACGAGAUCGAGGGUGAUUCUGGCGAAGAGGACCGCAAGGCAAAAGUCAAGGUAAAGCUGGAGGUCGUCGAGGAGGACGUCCUCGAACCGAAGACCGAGGUUCAAGAAGAUUAUCGGAGCCGGGACGAGUACAGUGAGGUUAAACAGACUUCGGUACCAACAAGUGGAAUUGCCGAUUAUUCGAAAUUCCCCGCAUUCUGCCAGCAACUGAAUCCAGGAUAUCGGCCCGUCGGAACCGGUUUCCCAGCUGGAUUCGGGUUUUCUCAGUUUUACGGUCACUCCACGACCUUUGCGAAUGAAUGUUCGCCCAUAAGGGCGAAUAGCGGUGCUAUAUAUCGGGACGAUAGAAAAUUUGGAUCAGGAGCAAUAAAUAAUAAUUUCUUUCAUGAUCCCAGAUUUGAUACAGGCUUUCAUCAAGGAAAAGUGAACACUUAUUCAGGUAUCCCUUUUUCUGGAUACAGACCCCCGGUAUCACAAAGGUCUUAUUUUGAACAGAGAAACAAUAUCCUCUGCAGUAGAAAUCAGUAUUCCAGUAGACAACGAAAAUGGAGUAAUUCUGCUCUUAGGGCCUUACAACCACCGACACCGUGGCCAGCCUGGUUUUUUCGACCGGAAGUUCCAGUGAGUGUUCCUCUAUCAAGUCAAGUGUUAAAUCAUAAUAACGUUUUUUUAAAUACGAAUUCAUCAUCAAAAGCUCAUCCCGAUGUUUCAAAACUACCAGAAUCGUCAACGAUCGAUGGAAACAAAGUACAUGGACAAACUCCAACGAUCUGCACGUCCAUCAGGUGUACAGUCAACAGUUGCUCCUGCGACUCCUUCACCCCAGGAAAACGUCAUUUACGCUACUGCGACAAAUGCCACCACGGCUGGGUUCCCCAUGCGCUCGCGCGACUGUCAAGCCUCCACGGAGGCGGCGUUGGUGGGGAUGUCGCCUCCAGCCCACGAGCCGCUGGUAGGGAGGACAAAAGCGCCGGCGGGAGGGUAAGGCAAGCAGCCGGUGGCGGCGGUGGAGGCGCCGAUGGUGGGGAGCUGACUGUCGCGGAGAAGGAGGAGAGGCCACCGGCUUCAGAGACUGUCGAGCCGACGGCCGCGUUUGACGUCGCAUCCCUAGUCCUCUACGGCUCGCGCGCUUUGCCGAUACGGCUUAAGAUCCUACUCGAUCAGUUGUUCAACCAAUUGCCCCACACACAAGUGACGCGUCUUCUAGCCGCCUUUGGCUGGACUCACGAGGAUUACACAAGAGGAUACAUACUGCAGGACUCGCAGAACGGCCCUGUGCUGGACCGAUGGAGUAUUUGCUCGGCUGAGGAGGAACCGCUGGUUUUACAGCAGUUCCUCAGAUUCGCCGAGACGCGUCCCUUCGUGCAGCAACUGCUUCUGGCCGCGGGAACGCCAGGUUCGGAUGCUAUGUCACCUAGCAGACGGCCUUCGCCCCCGACGAUGCCACUAGCACACCUACCGCCUCCACUUCAUCUUCUGCAUUGUGGAUUGCCUCCAAGUUCGAGAUUGCCGCACCCUUUGCCACCACCGCUUCCACCAGCGUCGCAUCACUCGAUAUCGCCAACGACCCAAAAGCACUACUCAUCCUCGGCGGGAAAUCACGGACCUACAAGCACCGCCAGUUCACCACCUCGAAGCCUAGAGUCGAGUUCACAUUUCUCUUCGCCUCUAAAUAGACUACAAAGCAUGCAGCCCUUCGAUUUCCGAAAGCUGGGAACGCUCGGCCUGCCUGCGUUCCCACCGAUGCCAACACCACCGGAAUCGAUGAUGCACCAGUCUCGGAAAUCGAGACAUCAUAGUCCACAUAGUCCACCUCAUCAUUCUUCUGCUUCGCAGUUGAGGCCACAUGUACAGGUUGCACCAGUCUCGACCUCUGCUUUAACCUACGGUCAUUCCCUGGCAGUAGCAGUUUCGUCAGGACAGUUACCACCCAGUUUCCCAGGACACUACCCUUCGCUGAUGAGUAAACCUUCGGCAAACAGUACGGGUAGUGGCCUGAGUGGAUCGGGCAUUGACACACACAGCGGAGGAGAGAAGAGCAGUGAUUUUGGAUCAGAUGAUGAUGAGGACGAUGAUGAAAACUCAGGAAGUGCGCUAAAUCUUAGCAGACGAGACAUUGGGUCCAAGCAUGCCGAACAUCGAUUUUCAUCGUUGUCUCUGCAAGCCUCUUCCCUGGGACGACCACCAGGUAUUCCUGGCAGGAAACCUCAUUCUCCUGGGAAACGUCAUCAGUGGGGUGCAUCUCCCAACAUGCCGCCGAAUCUUGGAACGCCUUUCAUCAAUCCAGCCACUGGAAAGAAGAGGGUUCAGUGCAACGUAUGUCUCAAGACCUUUUGUGACAAGGGAGCGCUUAAGAUCCACUUUAGUGCAGUUCACUUAAGAGAGAUGCAUCAGUGCACGGUAAAAGGAUGUAGUAUGAUGUUUAGCUCGAGGAGAUCGAGAAAUCGUCACAGCGCAAACCCAAAUCCAAAGUUACACUCACCCCAUCUACGCAGAAAGAUUUCUCCUCACGAUGGUAGAUCGUCAAUGGCACAUGCAUUAGUGUUGCCGCCCCAGGUAGGCCUUCCAGUUCCGCCAAGUGGGUUGAAUCAUCUUUCAUUUGGUUCAUUCCCCCUCCUGACUCCACCACCUGAUCUCCGUUCACCUGCGUCUUUGUGUGGCCUUGACUUCAAGCACAUGGAUCCAUCUCAAAAUCAAAGAUCCUAUGAGGAGGCUCUACAGCAUAGGGCUUCAAUAAAUGCUGCCUCUAGUACAACGGCUUGCUCAACGUAUGCUUAUUCAACAACGACGGCGACGACCACGAUAUCUACGAGAGUUUCCACCAGCACAACUAGUUUAUCUGGAGUCUCGCCGACUUCGCAAACUGCAGGUACGAUACACGACGGAGAAGAUGACGAUGAUGACGAUGACGAUGAUGGUGGUAUCGUUGUUGUGGCUGAGGAUGAGUGCAAUUUACCCACAAGACUUUCUCUUCGGGACGAGGAUGAUCAGCCUGCUGACUUCAGUGUAGCCAAAAGACAAAAGCUAUUCUUAGGUGAGCAUGCUGAUGAAGACAUCUUGAGCAAUCCUGACAGCAACGAGGACAAUGACUCCAUUGGGAAUUUCGACCAGCACUCGUUCUCGAUAAAUCCACACGCUAUGAACUCAACCUUUCACAACCGAGGAGUCCGGAAGAGGAAGUCGCAACAUCCCACCAGAUGUACUAUGCCUGCAGAGGUCCACUCUUCUUCUACCGACGGUGAUUCAUCUAACGAUGCCGUCUUUCAAGAUCAGCCUGAGGACAUGUCCAUGUCUCGACUUGAAGCUGAGGAGCGAAAGAACUCACCAUCACCCAGAAACCCGACAGCUCCUCUCGAGAACGAAUUAAGUUCUCGAUCACCCGAGGUGCGAGACAGGGGCCAGGACUCUGUUACUGUCAGUGGCCGGCGGGAAACCUUGUCAUCAGAAGACAACCAUGGUGAGGAUUUACCGCAGGAUGAACCUCGAGAUCUGAGUUCCAGAGCAAGCAGCGUCAGGUCGCCCAAGCGACAAGUCACCCCAGAACCAAAGUACGCUUCCAGCACCCAGGAAGCACAAUCUCAGGAUCCUGAAUCCAUUCCCCCCGCUUCUUCUCCUUCCAGACUGACACAGGCCGCCGAAGCAGAACGACAGUCGCGAGAACGCACAGAGAGCGAGGGCACGAGGGAAGUCGAGGAGAAGAGCUCAACAGGUACGUCUGAGGAAUCCAAGCAGAGGCUGCCAACCGAAGACCCACAACGCAGCCAGGAGGCUGACGAUGACUUGGACGCUGAAGAGCCGAUGGAGGAGAUCGAGGAGGAUGAGGAAGUCGCAACCGCGCUACAUAAUCAAGAAGGUGAGCGUCCCGAUGAUCCCCCCCGUGCCCCGAGCUCGGUCGACAGCCACCCCACAACUGCCGACGAUCUCUCCCUCGACUCCUCGAAUGCUUUGCGUCAACUCGAGUCCUUGUCGCAGGGUCGCAUGCCGUACAUGGGAAUGCAGGAGCCAUCGAGGUCUGGCCGAGCUUCUACCAGCCCCAUCAGCGUUACGAUGCAGCAGGAUACCACCCUGGACAACUCCUCUCAUGGCUCUCGUUCAUCAAGCGCCUCGCCCUCCCCAGUGGCCAUGGAUACGGACAAUAGCUUGAUUACCUACGCACGCUAUGAGAACGGAGGUUUCGUCAGCACCCAGGAGGUGCCUCUGGACCGGGAGAAUCCAAGGCGGUGCACCGCUUGUGGAAAGGUGUUCCAGAAUCACUUUGGAGUCAAAACUCACUACCAGAACGUCCAUCUGAAGUUGAUGCACCGUUGCAGCGUGGAUGGCUGCAAUGCUGCUUUCCCAUCAAAGAGGUCAAGGGACAGACACUCUGCGAACCUCAAUCUCCAUAGAAAGCUGCUCUCGACAUCCUCGAGCCCACCUCUCUCAACGAGUCUACCUUCGAGUCUCUCGCCAAGAGUUGAGGACCAGCAGAUCAACUCUUCUCUGCUGCACAAUGAAUUUCUGGCGAGGCUCUAUGCUGAUGCAGGCAUCGGGGCACUUGGAGGCUUCCCUCUAUCUGCUGGCCUACCAUCGGCGGUAGAUCUGGCUGCAAGGAUACCUCCACCACAUCCUCUGCUCCUACCUCCUCAUCUCGGAUUUCCAGGUCUUUCCACCUUCGCGAGUCAUCUCGCCGGCUUAAAUGGUCUCACUCAUCAGCACUUGAGUCAGCUGAACCUUUCUGCGAUUAGACCGGAUUCGCCAAUCUCCUCGCCCACUCCUGAGGACCAGAAGGAUGAAACCAGGUGUACGAUUCCUGGCUGCGAUAGAGUCUUCGGUUCGAGAGCCGUCAGGGAUGCCCAUUCCAGGGAUCCGCAAGCACACAGAGACCUCCAUAUACUCUCGACCAGUGGAUCGUGACCGCUUUUGUCCUAUCGUGCUUUUAGCCGAGAAGACUAUCCUUUACUGUGAUGCCAAAAUUUAUUUCCCGAAUGGCUUAACUUUUUUCAUCGGCGCGUCGUCGUGCAAUAUCAAAAGGGGCGUGGCUGAAGUUGGGAAAAGUGGACUGCACAGGGUGCUAACGAAAUGUUCUGCUUUUUAUUGUGAUCUGGAAUGGACAUCAAAUUUUCCAUUUUUCUUGCAGAAUUCAUUACUGUUGUAUUCACAAAUUUGAUGUCAGAUUAAAUAAUACUAUUUAUCUGAAAUAGGCAGAGCUAGCGCCCGUUUUCUUGUCCGCGGAGCGGCAGUAAAAUAGAACUCUAUUGUACCACAAGGAGGAAGAGUGAAAGAAAAGUGCCUAUUUUAGAUAAAAGUAUCGUAUGCACCAUAGCAGGAAAUUAUCUACUAUUUAUUUUAAUGUUUGAUGCCCAUUCCCGACAGAUUUGUGCAAAUAUUUAUUUUCUCUCUAAUAUCAAAACUAAAUUAUUCGCGGUUCAUGAAAUCGACUCGUCGGACGAGCAAACUGUCCAAUCUUGUUCCGCCAGAAAAAAAUCAAAUUUCGCGAGUAAGUUUCGUGACUUCCUCGUUUGUUUAUAGCGCGUCGUGAUAAUAUAAAAGGGACAAGAAUUAAAAAAAGAUAAGACACAAAGAGAGAAAGAGACAGAAAACGAAUGAAGAUUACGAUAAUUACGACGCGUCGUUACUUUCCCAAAUCGGGUCACGACUUGCGCGGUAAAUUUAUCGUCGUUGUGAUAACGUACGUUGUAGUAAAAAUACGUUAAUAUUUAAUCCUCUAAACAAUUAGCACUGCUCUUGUAUAUAUACCUAAUUGAUGUAUCGCGUAUUAAUAAAAUUUAAGGACUAGGCUCGAGAAUCGUCGACUGGCGAUACCGACCACUGCAUAUUUUGUAAAAUAAAAAACGACAUACUAUAAUCGUUAAGAAGUCGAAUGAAUCGGCGGAUUUUGUGGAGAGAUUAGAAAAAAAAAAAGAUGGGGACUGCGAGACUUUAGGCAGGAAGACGUUUUAGCGUCGAGGGCCGAAGUCGUGCAGUUCAUAAGCGGACAAA